UUCCAUCUAUAUAAAUGUACAUAUGUACAUUAAUAUAUGUAUUAAGUAAUAACAUUCUACAUGACUUCAGAGGAACAAAGAGGAGUUUCCAAAGAUUUAGGAUUAAUGGAAGAGGAUGAUAUUGAUGAGGAUUUAUUUGAAAUUGAUUUGGAUGCAGUGAACUCUAUUAUUCCACAACCUUAUAAUUAUUGGGAAAAUAAUUACUUUAUUUCUACGGGAGAAGUACUUCUUGCCAAUUGUUUGUUACCAAUAUCUCAUAUUUCUAGUGCUAUUCCAGCUUGUAACAAUGCAGUGUCUUUUGUAGGAAACACCAAUGUUUUUGUUGUCACGGAGGAUAAACCUUUGGGGGAAUAUCUUAGGCUACCUUUCUUGGGUGAUUUUGGGUUUAUAGAUGAGAAAAUGAAAGCAAAAUUUCAUUUUCAGUUUCAGAGUUAGUGUUGUUGGGUGGUCUCUUUAGUUUGUCUUCAUUUAU